UCCCCGUCUCGUCACGUUGAGAAAAGAACAAGGAAGUAAAAUACGAGCGAGGAGGAAAUCUGAAGUGAAGUGAAGCCCGUCAGUCAUUUGAACAUUGUCACUUUUCCAAACACCUUAUCCGCUGCGCACAAUGGCUGAGGCAGACAUUGCACUGAUCGGUUUGGCUGUCAUGGGCCAAAACCUCAUCAUGAACAUGAAUGACCACGGCUUCGUGGUCUGCGCUUACAACCGAACCGUGUCCAAGGUGCAUGACUUCCUGAAGAAUGAGGCGAAGGGCUCCAAGGUGGUUGGAGCCGAAUCCCUGGAGGACAUGGUGUCCAAGCUGAAGAAGCCCAGGAGGAUCGUCCUGCUGGUCAAGGCAGGGCAGGCUGUGGAUGACUUUGUCGACAAACUGGUCCCUCUUCUUGAGGCUGGGGAUAUCAUCAUCGACGGGGGCAACUCUGAAUACAGAGACACAACACGGCGGUGCAAGAGUCUGAAAGAGAAGGGCUUGCUGUUUGUCGGCAGUGGAGUCAGUGGUGGAGAAGAAGGGGCUCGUUAUGGACCCUCACUAAUGCCGGGAGGACAUAAAGAGGCCUGGCCACAUAUAAAAGAAAUCUUCCAGAGCAUCGCUGCCAAGGUCGGAACAGGAGAACCUUGUUGUGACUGGGUUGGAGAUGAGGGUGCAGGUCAUUUUGUGAAAAUGGUCCAUAAUGGCAUCGAGUAUGGCGACAUGCAGCUGAUUUGUGAGGCCUAUCACCUCAUGAAGGAUGUUCUGGGUAUGGACCACGAUGAGAUGGCACAGGCUUUCGACAGCUGGAACAAGACAGAGUUGGACUCCUUCCUGAUCGAGAUCACGGCGAACAUCUUUAAAUACAAGGACUCUGAUGGUACACACCUGUUGCCCAAGAUCCGCGACAGUGCUGGACAGAAAGGCACAGGGAAGUGGACGGCCAUCUCAGCCCUGGAAUACGGCACGCCCGUAACUCUGAUCGGAGAGGCUGUCUUUGCCAGAUGCCUGUCCUCUCUUAAGGAUGAGAGAGUUGAGGCCAGCCGCAGCCUUUCAGGGCCACAGGGGGUCAAAUUCAGCGGUGACAAGGCUGCCUUCCUGGAGGACAUCAGAAAGGCUCUCUACGCCUCCAAGAUCAUUUCCUACGCGCAGGGCUUCAUGCUGCUGCGCCAGGCAGCCAAAGAGUUCGACUGGUCCCUCAACUACGGAGCAAUCGCUCUGAUGUGGAGAGGAGGCUGCAUCAUCCGAAGUGUCUUCUUGGGUGAAAUCAAAGAGGCGUUCGACAGAGACGCUGAGCUGCAGAACUUGUUGCUGGACACGUUCUUCAGUGAUGCUGUGCAGGACUGUCAGGAGUCAUGGCGCAGAACGGUCAGCACUGGAGUCCAGCACGGCAUCCCGAUGCCCUGUUUCACCACAGCUCUGUCCUUCUAUGAUGGUUACAGACAUGAAAAGCUGCCCGCUAACCUCCUCCAGGCCCAGAGGGACUACUUCGGAGCCCACACAUAUGAACUGCUGUCAAACCCCGGUCAUUACAUCCACACCAACUGGACUGGCCAUGGUGGAAAUGUCUCCUCUUCAUCCUACAAUGCUUGAGGAUCAUCUUCACGUCACUCAAAAACAUAAACGGGAUGGAAGGAGGAGAGGGAGUUAUCUGUGAGAGAAGAAGACAUGUUACACUUUCCAUCUUUACAACCAUGAUAACCACGCCUAAAUAUUUAAUAGCCCCGCCCCCCUGAACAAUCACUGUAAUACAACUUCUUCUCUCAAAAAUGUGGAAAGAAGUGGAAUCCUAAAUGAUUUAUGUCAUAAACUCUACACUGGGGGUUUUGGUGUAGCAACAUUUCAGGGUUGACUCCAUCUGGAUACUUUGGUUAAUGUGCUGGCUACCAGUCAUGGUGGGCUCAGGGUUCACGGUAUUAACACUGGAUUAAGGUGAACCAUUGCACUGUACUGUAUUAGGCUAAAUAAAGAUUUCAAUCCCUUUAUAAA